AUCAGUCUCGAUACUUUCACGGUACGCGGAGGACGCUUUGCUGGUCCUUGGAAUUUUGGACUGACGAUAGGAUAAAAAAGAAGCACGCGAAGACUUCGGGGUAGUGACUUCCUGGGUUCUAGGGGUGGUAGAGUUUCGCAUUUCACGUCUUGUACGUGUGAAUUACACCUAAGCGCGCUUGAUUGGAGGAGGCUCCUCCGUGGUCUGAGACGGAUGGAAGAUUCUCAUUCUUGUGAAAAUCAUGCUAUAGUGAAUAAAAGUGAAUUCUAAUUUUCUCUGGGAGUCGUGAAAGGAAUUUCUUCCAGGCAAGAAGGGCAAAAAAAAUAUUGCGGACAACAGAAAGCCAUAUAGUUGAGAAAAGCCUCCCACACAAAGCCACCCCCCGCACUGAAAGCCAAAAAGGGUGGAAAAGCUGAUGGUGAACCAGUUGGAGGACUCAACUUUCUUUUCAGUGAAAUGAAAAUGAAAAUGUCAGUGGUGUCGAACAACACAAAUUCUCUGGAUCCACUGUCUGUCCACUCCAGAGUGUUUGUUGGGAAUCUCAACACGUUCCAGUGUUCAAAGACGGAUGUUGAGAAGAUAUUUCAGCGCUAUGGACGUCUCUUGGGUAUUUCCAUGCACAAAGGAUACGCAUUUGUGCAGUAUGCAAAUCCCUUCGAUGCUAGAAAAGCAUGUCAUGGAGAAGAUGGAAGAACGGUUUUAAGUCAAGUGCUCGAUGUAAAUCUUGUGUCAGAGCCCAAGGCACAUCAAAUUGGACGCAAGAAGCUGCAAAUGGCGAAAAUUGGACAGGACAUUUUAUACACGUCAACACUGCUCCAAGGAAAAUUGCAGAAACCAAUGAAGAGGCAACGGUUAAUGCAACAGCAGCAGCACAAUCGCUUGGCUGGCAUUUCGUCAAAAACUAAAUUGAAUUUGUUCCAACUAACACAGGGCUAUCAGCACCAUCAGAUCUUUCUCCAGCAACACCACAAGCCCAGGCAGAAGCCACUCUUCCGGUGGAAGCUGGAAAAUGAAGAUAGUGCAAGAACCAAUGGACAUACAUCGGUGCAACAAGUAAAUCACAAUCUCGACCAGACCCAACACAAGCCACUCAAUUUCGCGGAUAACUUCAAAGUGUACAACAAUGCCGAUACCCUGAUUUGUGGCAAUUGCCGAGAGCAUUUUACGGAAUUGCAAGACAUUCUGGAUCACAAGAAAACCUACUGUCAACUGCGAAUGACGUGCAAAUGUCAGGAAUUUUCAAUUUCCACGAACGCUCAUUUGACAAAAUUGAUUUGUAUAGUGUGCAAGGAGACAUUUACAAAUCCCUGGGAUUUAAUGGUGCAUGCCCAAUCGAAUCACUCAAUCAAUAUAUACGAGCUGGACGAGGAAAAUCCUCAGAAGAGUGACUUUGAGAGGGAGCGCAGUUCAACAGGUGAUCCUUCGCAAUCUUCCGAUGCUGGAGAUUCGAGUUCGGAUGAAUCUUCUGGGAAAAUGAAUUAGUGCAGCAGAAUGACAGGAGGGAAUAUUUUAUCACCUGAAAUUGGGCGUUAUUGUGAGAUGUAAUAUGUGACAAAAUCUCUUAGAGGCACAGGAAAACAAUGAUAUCAAUUCACCUAUCAAACAAAGAAAAAAACAAAAAAAAAUGAAGAAAUAAAUAUUUGAUGCUUAAAAAA